AUGGCGGCCGCUUGGUUUCUAAGUGUGAAUGUUGGCCUUGCGCUUUGGAGCUCCUGUAGCCUUCUACCGGCCCAGCUUGUUGCUGCACUCAUCAAGGACAUGGAUUCUGAUUUUGCAACUGGAGCUUCUGACAUUGACGAGUCUGGCUGUCUCGCUGCCAGGGAUGAAAUGGUGAUUCUGGGUCACUUCAAGAUGAAAAUGCGCGCCGAUUUGGAUCGGAAGGACGAAGACCAAACCGACGGAUGGCCAGUUCGCACCUGUCUUUUAGCCAAGCGGCUGUGCGAGCGCAUUGAGGAGGGCCAUCAACGCAUAGAUGCCGCGCGGCAUCGUCUAGAAGACCAGAGAAAACAGCUGGAGGCACUGAAGACUACCUCUCUUUGUUUCAAAGCUAAACGGGUAAGCUGCGGUUUCUUUUUUUGA